GGCGAAAAGCGUUUCUCCAGAGCAACUUUCCAGGUCUCGCCUCUCACCACAUCUGGAUCCUCAAACCCUUCCCCUCACAAGAAAACCAAGAAGGACACAAGCGAGAGAUGGGAGGCAGCAGUGAAAGCUAUGGAGGAUGCAGAUGGACUCAAGCGUGAUGGCAUGCCCGAGAUGAUUUCCGCGUACACUGGCGGGACGUUUUCUUCAGAAGAAGACGAUGUAGAGGACCUACGUUCAGCCAAGAAGGCUAAGAUUUCACCUCGUGUUGAGCCUGAGCCUCCUACAGACCGCGCUUGGUCUCCUCCGCCUCCGGAUCCCAUGCUCCAAAUCCCAGGCGAGCUUGUUCUGGCACAGGCACUACGAACGAGAAGUAACAAAUUCUGGCCCGCUCAGCUUAUAGCAUACGUUCCACCAACCAAGCCAGGCGGGAAGGAACGCUACCGGGCCAAAUUUCUGGAUGAACGGGAAUACAACCUCACCCGGGAUAAAUUUUGGACCUCUGAGGAAGAAGGCUUUGUUACGUGCGACUUGGGCGAGUUCGAAAGCGCCGUCCAAGACACCGAGGCUCCGGACUCGGAAGAUGAACCGGAAGACAGGAGGCGGAGCCCUAGUCCAAAGUUGACCGACCCACCUCCUAGCGCAGAUGCUUUCACUAAUUUGUCGAUGUAUGCGCAACUGGCGUACGUGAAGCCCGUGCUAAAUGCCAUCCUACAAGGGAAGUACACCCCGGCAAGCAAGAGCCAUGAGGCUUUCAUGCGGGGAGGUGCUGCUAGAUCCAGUUUAAUGAAGCGGGCGGCGGCGAGAGGAGGUUUGGACCCGAACGAGGUAAAACAAUCGCAAAAACUGAUUACGCGGUGGGCACUUGGAGAAGGAUACGCCCGUAGAACCAAUUUAAAAUUCAAACCUGAAGCAGAGGUGGCGCCACCCCCGGAGCAAGAUAGCACACUCUGCCAAACUACUUUGGCAACCGAUGGCGAUGGGUUGGCAGACACUGCUGUCGGAAGUGAGACAGCUGCAACUUCCGACAGCGUGGCCCACGACAUUUCUCAGCCCAUACCUCCCAGUGACAUUGGCAAUCAGGACACCGAGGCAAUGGCAGUUGAUAACCCCGAUUCUGGAGCAACGGAUGAGACAUCUGCAGCCUCCGACGCCGUGGGCCACCAUGACAUUUCUCAGCCAAUACCUCCCAGUGACAAUGGCAAUCAAGUCGAGGACCCCAAUACAAUGCCACUUGACAAGUCGCCAGACACUAUACCCGCAACUUCAGACAGCGCGAGUUACGAUAACCUACAACGGCCAGUUGGCUCACAGGAAUAUGAAUCAUUAUCGACCCUUGAUAAACUUGAUUACUGCGUGAACAUUCUUCUUCCCGAGGCAAUCCAGCAGCUACUCCUGUGGCGGUCGGGUGAGCGCACUACAGCUGCUCUGCUCACUCACUCAGAGGAAGAAAGACUGCAUGAGCGCGGUUCAGCGAAGGCCCAGGAGACAGACUGGGUGUUUGACUUACUGCGCCUGAGGGAGGCACAGGCGCGGUUGUGGAGCGUGGAUAUGAAGGCUAAAGGUAGGGCGAAGGAUGAGGGAGGCAUGUCAAAGGGUGGGACGCGUUCGCGGCCUCGCAAGACUACUGUCCCGCGAUAA